AUGUCUCAACCGACUAGUGCUCAUCAUGGUUGUCAGAAACUUCACUUUCAACCAAUAUCAGUGAAGUCCGAGAAGACUGGAGGUGACAAAAUCUGUAUUGAAGAUGUCAAGGGCAUCUUGAUAGAUUUUAUAUCACGAUUGAAAGAGAGAUAUAAGGAACUGAGAGAAAAAGAAUUCGAGAGAGAGCAGAGGCAGUUCUCAGAUUUCAAGGCUUGGAUACAGAGCAGAGACGAGGAACGAGAGAAGAGUCACAAUAAUCAAUUUGAAGCUUUCGAGAAAAGACUGCAAAUGAUGCUGGAUACCCACACUUUGAUUGGACAACAUUAUGGUGGAACGAAAGAGGCCCCCCAACAGAUGUCUAAAGAAAAGGAGCGAUAUCGCGCGGAGCCAGAUUUAUGGGAGGCAGAAAAUGGAGUACAAGAAACCGAAACGUUGAAGCAAUCGCAAGCAUUUAAUGAACAUUCAGAUGAUGAUAUUACAGUGGAGGAUGACAUUGACGUUUGGGAAGUCCGGUCCAAAUUACAUCCCGCUAUCGAUAGCAAUCUUCGUCCCCGCAAAUUCACUAUUACCGCUGGUAGUGACCAAAAACAGAGCGCUCCAACAGAGACAAGCCACGCGAAACGCCUAAAGGCAGACCAUAGGAAACAAUUUAUGCCACCUCCAGCAUCGGCAACUAAGCGGGUAUCACAAUCACGCCCUUCGAUGGCGAACACAUCUUUCCAAUUAGGCACAGCAUUUCCAACACCAGUAUCGGAGUCUCCACGACAAAACGGUGAAAAAAACAAAACUUCUCAAACUAGAAGAAACGACUCAGGGGGUGGCCCAGACUCCGACGAAAGUUAUGACCGCUUGUUACCAAUGGUAGAUGAACGUUAUCGUACUGUGGGCAACGUCACCUGGUGUAUCGGAAAGUCCUACUUCUGGAAUCCCGCUUCAAAAUCCUACACAAAGGGAGGAGGCGGUGAGAAAGGCUUCACGGAUCGAAAGGUUGCCUUGAGACAAGUUAUUGUAGGUAUGGCAAAGUGUGUCUAUGUUGUCAGGCUAGGUGUAAUGCAAUGUGACGAUAUCGCGACUAAAUACCUUCCUGAUAGUCUCAUCAAGAAAUACUUUCCUCCGGGAGAGAUCCAUGGUGACCAAUGGAGGCAUGAAGCAGACCCAAUUAGCGAACUUGAUUCAUUAUGGAAAGCAGUUGCUAAUGUUUACACUAACACGAAAAAAGGGAUAUUGUCGAUUGGCGGUGACAUGUUAGCUGCAACAAUAAGAGAGUGGCCAGCAUUGGACUCCACGGCAAGGGAGAGAGAAGUGCUAUGGGACAAGUCUUGGAAUAUUGAACGGGCUGGAAUACUUUUCAAUCCGGUACUGUGUGUUCUUGACCUCAAGCAAUUGUUUGGCGACGUGGAUCCACGGCACAGAAACCUACUACGCUGGCUUAAACACAUAUUCCACUGUGUAUUGAAUUCUCGAUGGGCAUCCACCAAUCUUGUCAACCAAGCCAAAUACAGACACGUCAAUUUGCGAAGUAAUGUUUUUGAAAGUUGGAACCUUCCUUUGCCGACCCUCGAGGACGUUCCUAUAACACUAUCCUUUGGAGCCGCCCGAAAUCGAUAA